GUUUUAUUAUGAAUCAAGAAAUCUACGAAGAACUGCUCUUCGCAAGAACUUUGAUAACCGACACUAAAGGUGAAUCAAUAUUUCAUGUUUUGAAGGAUUACUUCAUUGAAAAAGCAAUUCCUUUAUCAAAUAUAAUAUCAGUAGCUACAGAUGGAGCGCCUGCCAUGGUUGGACGUUAUCGUGGAUUUAUAAGCUAUUUAAAACAAAAUGUGUCAGGGGUGUUAGCAAUACAUUGCGUCAUCCAUCGACAACAUUUAGUUGCUAAAAAUUUGAGUGUUAGAUUGCAUGAAUCACUUCAUUUAGUCAUUGAUGCAGUAAACCGAAUCCGAAGCAACGCGUUGAAUACGCGGUUAUUUGCGCAGUUGUGCGAAGAAAAUGAUGAACACUUUGAUCAAUGACUCCUUCACACUGAAGUACGCUGGCUGUCGAAAGGCUUAUGUUUGACAAGAUUUUUUGCACUUUUUGAGCCCAGUGUAGAAUUUCUGGAUACUAAAG